AUGAGUGAUUGUCGGAGUUUUGGCAGCAACAUUUAUCCAUCUAGCCAAUCAAGGAAAGUCUCUAUAGGAGUAAUGGCAGAAUCAAGAGCCAGCACAAAAUGUGAAACUGCAAAAGGGGACAGGGCUAUUACUGUAAAUAAGGAAAGUGCAAUCUCCAACGUUGGAAAUUUUGCUGUGGGAACAGAAAGGGUUGAAGGAGUAACAGCUUCAGCUUCUUUCGAUAUAAAGCAAACUAUAGUACCUGAAGCUGUAAAGCAUUCUUUCAUAUCCAAAUCCUUUUACCAUAGAAAACCUACCUCUGAAGCCAUCAUUCAAGUCAAUCAAGCCUCUACUGUACUUCCCCCUCACGGAAAACAGGAUAUGGAUGAUGGAGUAGAGAGUGUAUCCAAGAAAAUCUCAGCCCAGCUUUUCUCAAAUCUGAAUUCAACUGUUCCUUCUAGCAAUUGCAAUCAGAACAAGUUUGAUAGGGAUACAGGCAGAAAGAAGGGAAAGAAGGAUGGAACAGUCGAAACGGUAGAGGAAUUUACAUUCACCACGGGACGGGAAGUCUUGGAGACUGAUAAAGACAAGCCUGAAGACAAAUUGGAUAGAACAGGAAACAGAACUGAAGAUUUGAGGAUGAAACUUUGCCAAAUAUUGGGGACUGCUUCUUCACCUAAGAAUCAGACUCAGCAUUCAGGUUCUCAUACUCGUAGUAAAGAUGAGGAAAGAUUGCCACUUGAGCAGCCUAUGAACCAGAGGGAUAAUAAAUUUUUGAAGACCAGAGAGAAUUCAGAUACCAUAGAAACUGAUUCAGAAAAACCUGAUUAUACUCGGAAGAGACCAGUAACUCGUUCACAGAGAAAAAGGAGAGCACCUUCCAAAAAGCAACCUGGAAAAGGUAAAAGUUGUCCCUCUUCAAAAGAAAAAGAGAAUCAUCAAGAAAAAGGUAUAUUCUCUAUUAGAGAAAACUGGAAUGGGAUGCAUGAUGCUCUUACAAAGGACACUUCCUCAAUGUCUACAAAGAAAAAGAGUCAGGGAAAGAAUUCCAGAAGUGAGCCACAGAAGUUCUGCUUUUCUAAACAUGAUACCAUGAAGAAACUUUACAAAGACACUUCAAAGAAUGAUCAAUCGCAGCAUGUGGUUGAAACAUUUUUACCUAAGGAUAAAAUGGGAGGAUCUAAGGAUUGCUUACCUGAUCAUGGGAUAACAUCCCCUCAUUCAGAGAAAAUAAACCAAGAAAAAAAAAUUUACAAUCCACCAACACCAAAUGAUACAGAUCAGGAUGAAGAACUUGAGGUUUCGGCAAACGGAAACAAACAAGAAUACGGAAGUAAUCCAGUUGAACAGAAUGUUACCAAGUCUCAAGAUAAUUUUCAAAGUCCCACAUUUCAACUUAACACACCUAAUUUAGAUUCUUCUCCAAGCACAUUACAGAAGACAGACCAAAAGUUAAAUGACGGUAGCACUCCAGCAUCAUCUGAAAGAAGAUUUUCUCUCGGAGCCAGUCAGUAUCUAAGGGCCUUCCAAACUUUGGAGCCAGACUUCGAUGGGCUAAGGGAACAAAAGCAAUCUUCUGAUGUGGAGGAGCUCAGGCAUUUUAUCUCCAGAAAACACAUUUUUGUUAAUGAGAAAGAAGAGCAGGAUGGCACAUCUGAUUCAUCAUCUGAAGAAAAGAAUUUCUCUGGAAGUGAAGAAGGUUCAAGAGAAAGGCAUACUGCUGAGGGGAACACUUUUAUGCUUCAUCCAAUCAAAAGGUUGCGGAAGCAUGAAGGCGUUAAAUUUAACCAUAGUAGCCCAACUUCACUCUCUGCAAAAGGGACAGAAGAAAUUCAUUGGAUUGAUGAGGCACCCACGCAGAAUCAAGAUGAAUUUGCUAGGGCUGUUGGAUUGUUUGCGAUGGAAUUGAGCAAACUUAAGAGCAAACUUAGGUCAAUGGCAUGCCAUAAAUCCUCAGAAAUUUUGAAGUCUGUAUCUGAAGAGAUAGAUCUACAGCUGCAGAAUGUUCAUUCCCACAUCCAAACAGAAAUGGGGAAGCUUACAAAUCUCAGUAAAUUCAAGAGAAAACGGAUAGAAGCAAAAUUUGAAGACCAGCAAAAACAGUUGAGGUUGAUAUGUGAUAGAUUCAAGGAAGAGGUUAAUUUGCAUCUACAGGAUUGCAAAAGCACUAUUGAAGAUCUUGAUGCUGAUCAGAUAGAGAUCAAGGGAUCACUGGAGAAACAAAGGGUAGCACAUAAGAAGCUUAUAUCACAAGUUCAAGAAGAAGUAGAUAUCCAACUGAAUGAUGCUCAAAAGAAAAUCACAGCUGCCCAGGAGAUGGCGAGAGGAAAACUGCUACAAUUGAAACGCGUUAUAGCUAUGUGCUUGAAAGAUGGUGUUCUAAAUUGAUGUGAUUUCUUGAUAGCUAGGAAUUUUUCGCAGAAGUAACUGCACAUUGACAUUUCACUUUAUCCUUAGGGCUGGUAUCUCUAGAGAAAUAUAUGUGUACUUAAUAUUAUCUUUUCCCACUCUUUGAGUGGUGGUGGUGUUGGUCGUCAC